CAAGGACUGUGUUAAGAAGCGCAUCCGGCCAGCGAGCUGUUCUGGUUUAGCAGUUUUUCAUUGUUGUCUUGGAUGACCUGUUGUUGGACCAUGGGCUCCCCGUCCUACUUCCCUGCGCGCUCCGUGCUGUUCCGGAAGGAAGCAAGUGGAGUGACAUAUCGUGUACCAGCCUUGAUCUUCCUGCCACGCUCCUCAUACUUCCUGGCCUUCUGUGAGGAGAGGCUGAGCCCUGCAGACUCCCAGGCCCACCUCCUCGUCAUGCGCAAAGGCACCUUCUACAGGAACUGCGUGGAGUGGGAAGACAUGCGAGUCCUGAGCACAGCCUGUCUGAAAGGCCAUCGCUCGAUGAACCCGUGUCCGGUCUAUGACGCGUUCACAGGAACGCUCUUCCUCUUCUUCAUCGCCGUCCUCGGUCACACCAGCGAGGCGUACCAGCUGGUGACGGGCAAGAACGUGACCAGACUCUGCUAUGUGUUCAGUGAUGACCACGGGGAAACCUGGAGUCCAGCUGUUGACCUCACUCAGAAAGUUAUAGGAGACACAAUUAAAGAGUGGGCAACCUUUGCUCUUGGUCCAGGCCAUGGGAUCCAGCUGAAGUCUGGCCGUCUGUUGAUCCCAGCCUAUGCCUACCACAUCGACUGCAAAGAGUGCUUCAACAAGGUGUGCACAACCACGCCCCACUCCUUCUGUUUCCACAGCGACACGCAUGGGAGGGUGUGGCGCUUUGGGGAGGCGGUCCCAGGGCCCGAAUGCGUGGAGUGUCAGAUGGUGUCCGUGGAUGAAGAAGACGGGACCAACAUACUCUACUGUAAUGCCCGCAGUACUCUAGGAUGCCGUGUGCAGGCCUUGAGUUUCGAUGAUGGAGCUAUGUUCCAGGAUGGCCAACUGGUCCAAAAGCUUGUGGAGCCGAGAAAUGGUUGCCAUGGUAGUGUGGUUGGCUUUCCGGCACCUUUGCUUGUCCUACAGAACUCCCCCAAGCUUCUCAGGUGGAUAGCUUCCACUGUUGGCCCACCUUCGGCUACUUCUGUUUCUAUAAAAGAUCCCUCCCAGAACUUUCUGACACCUACGUGGGUGGUAUACGCGCACCCGACUGGUCCUGGUAGACAUGAUCUGGGCUUGUAUCUGAACAUUCGGCCCCGGGACCCAGACAGCUGGACAGGGCCAUGGGUUAUCUACGAGGGGCCCAGUGCCUACUCAGACCUGGCCUACCUGGAGCUCCAGUCUGAUGGGACCCCACCAGUCACUGUGUUCGCCUGCUUGUUUGAGAACGGCACAAGGACGGCCUAUGAUGAGAUUUCCUUCUGCAUUUUCACCUUAUUUGAGCUCAUUGACAACAUUCCUCGCAACAAACCACACCUGAGUGGUGUGAUGUCGAGAAAUAGGACCAGGAAGAAGAGGAGGAGAAUGUGUGAUCUCUGCAGGGUAUGCUAAUGAAGCAUGAGGACGCAAAAGACUUUGCUUAGACAUCCAAACUCAUGUUCAGAUACCACCUCGCUGACUUUUGAACAGUACUGUAAACAUUUAAUCUAAUAGAUCUAAAUAGAUCUAUUGGUGUAUAGUAGAGAUCUGAUUAUUAAUACCCGCCCGAUUUAACCAUUUAUAACGUCCACCUGAGCCUGAAAAAUCGGUCCCACCCCCGCCCGCAAAACCUACACUUCCAGAAAUACAGGUAGUAAGCUGUCACUGGGCCAGUACCCCUCUUGUCACUGGGGUGGGACCCUCAAGGGUACAUCUCAGUACCUUUAGUUAGGGAAUAUAACUGUGUCAUAAUCGAUUAAAAUGAUAUUUCUUAGCUGUAUUUACUCCACACACCCUGUCUCAUCUCCAGGACUUUUAUUUUAUUGUUCUGUUUUAAAAUAUUUGGUUAUGAAAAGGUACAAAUACGAAUUUUCAUCUGGAACAACGUAUUUAAGGUACCUUGACGAAUAAAAAAUGUACCUGCACUGAA